CUAUGUCAGGUGGUCUUGUAGAAGAUAAUACUUGUCCCACAAAACUUGCCUGACUUUCCUAUUGAGUGAGCUGCAUUCACCCAAGCUAUGGUGGUGCUCUAUCGAAUAAGUUUUGAUAUUAUUACUGGAAGUUCUCAUCCAUUCAGGUGCUUUUCCUGCUACUGGUCACUCUCUUAAAGCCUAAAAGCUCCAAGUGAGAUCAACAGAGAAACAUGUUCGCUUCUCCUCUCUGCUGGCAACAACAGCUUGCUUCCAAAGGAGAAAUCUGAAAGUCCUCAGAAAGUGACCUAGCUGUAUGGGUGGGUGAGCAACUGUGGAUGUGAGUGGAGUCUCAGAUAAAAGAUUGGAAAACCUACAAAACCUACUGAGAACAAAGAAGCCCUGAAUCUCUGAGCAAAUACAUUUGAGCUUAAGGAGCUGAAUCUGAAUAAAAUGUACUAUCUCCAGUUUCCCACAUCUCCUGGGACAGCUGGUCAAAAGCCUGGAUGGAACAUGAGGCUACCCAGCUAGAAAAGCAGCAUGUGCACAGUGUAUAUGAAAAUACGGCUGCCUACUUUAGUGAUCUGCAGAGCAAAGCAUGGCCUCGUGUUCGGAACUUCCUGCUGGAACAAAAGCCUGGCAGUCUUGUUGUUGAUAUUGGUUGUGGAACUGGAAAGUAUCUCAGUGUCAACAGUCAAGUGUAUAAUCUCGGCUGUGAUUACUGUGAAGCAUUGGUAGAGAUUGCAAGGAAGAAAGAUGAUGAAGUUCUGGUGUGUGACAACCUUAACCUUCCCUUUAGGGACCAGUGCUUCAAUGCAGUCAUUUCCAUUGGAGUGAUACAUCAUUUCUCAACUAAACAAAGAAGAAUCAAAGCAAUAAAGGAAAUGGCAAGGGUAUUGAUACCUGGAGGCCAGAUAAUGAUUUAUGUUUGGGCUAUGGAACAAAAGAAUCGUCACUUUGAGAAACAAGAUGUAUUUGUUCCAUGGAACAAGGCCUUGUGCUCACGCCAUUUUUCAGAAUCAAAUCAAUCUGGAGAUAAGGGUGAGUUUGUGCAUACUGCAAGAGGCCAAGACAUACACCCUGCACAGCUCAUCAUCUCUGAGUGCAGCUACCAAACCAAUUUGCAGCCAGAAACUGAUUCAAAACAUUCCCACAAUAUGGGCCAUUGCUUACCCAGAGCCUGCUGCAUGAAAAUUUCUGAAGAAGAAAACAGGUUUUACAGUGCUCUAGGAAGAUCUUUCCGCUCAUGGUUUUUCUCCAGAUCCCUUGAUGAAUCAGCCCUGAGAAAGCAAAGUGAUAAAAUGAAGCACCUGAAACAGGAAGGAGUAUGGGCAAACAGUACUGACCUGAAACAUGAAGGGGUAUGGGCAAACAGCACUGUACCCAUUCAGCAUUUGCGACACUGCAGUUUGGAUUUAGGUCACCACAGGGCACUGUUAAAAGAACAAAGUUUAGAUGAUGAUGAUGUGUUUGUGGAAAGCCUGUCUCUCAAAAAACCGCAGUGGUCACCAGCCACAGAUGCACUGAAGGAUUUAAGUUUAAAUGGAGGACACCAAAAUGUAGCUCAGAGCAAGGAUGACAAAGCCUCAUUUAAAAAUGGUCCAGUGGAAGACAGGGACUGCAGCUGUGGUUGUAAUAAAGAUGGUGCUGGUAAGUCUGAUGCCAACAAGUUUUUCAAAAGAACUUCAACAACUGACUCCACUGACUCAGCUUUGGAUUCAGCAGUGUCUGUUGGGGACCAAACUGAUGCCAUGUUGGAUACAAAGGCCUUCAUGCGUUAUUACCACGUUUUUCGGGAAGGGGAGCUGUGUGCUCUGGUAGAAGAGAACGUGCCUGAGCUUCAGAUACUUUCUUCCUGCUAUGACCAUGGAAACUGGUGCAUUAUUGCAGAAAGAAGAGGAACAUAGCUGUAAAGAGAUAAAGCAGAAUCCAGUGACUGAGGAUUUUAAGCUGCUCCUUGUUUUACUGUGAUUGUGCAGUGUGACAUGGAAUUUGAAUCUUGUAGUUGUGUGCCAUUUAUUUGUGAUUUGUUAUUUCUCUGACUAUUUAACUAGUUAACGCAAGGUCUAUAUAUAGGAAUAUAAGUGGUAAAAAAUAUUUAUGUUUUGUUAAACUUUUAUGAAAUUAAAACUGGAGAGUUUUAUAUUGCUUUUAGCAAAUAAUUGUGUUUUAAAAUAUACUUUUCUAUUGAGAAAUAAAACCUUUUUGUAAGACAAGGGUCAGGGCAUCUUUUAUGAGAAAUAUCCUGUCAGUAGAAAGUUUUGUCUUUGUUCUUCAAAUCUGAAAGUGUGUCAAAUUCCUCCCUGUUCUUCAAGUCCUGUAAAUGAGACAUACACACUAUGUCUAAAAUUGUACUUGACUAUAUACUGGUAGAGUGCAUUCUGCAGAACUGGGAGCAAGCAUGGUCCCAGUGCUACUUAGUUGGAAGUAGAGUUGUUAAUAGGCAAAAACUAUGCUCUGCAUAUCUGUCAUUUGAGGUUUGUAUUUCAGAGCAAAUGACAGAACAGAUUUUGAACAGUAUUUUUGACUUUUAUUUUUAAAAUUAUUUAAUUUGUUUCUCAGGUUAAGUUUUAUGUGUUAGCUCUCACAAAUACUUAAUUUCCCUUGCUGUAGUUUUUCAUUAGUUAUGUGUAUAUAGAAGUCAGAGGGAUUUGUGAGAGUAUCAGUACUAUGUAAAAGUUAUAAAAUAUCAAAUACUUGAGAUACAUAUAUCUUUUUGAUAAGCUUGGGAAGCUAAGAUAAAAGUAAUAAAAAUCCAGUGUGUAUCUGGUCAGCUGUCAUAUUACUUUUCUUAUUCACUGACAUGAGAAUAUAUAUUAAAUUGUGUGUUAAAUAAUGUAAAUUAGAAGAGGAUAAACCCAGUUUGUACGUAAAAUACAAAUUCCUGUCUUUGCAGUUUAAAUGAAUCUUUUGAGACCUAAAUGAUAACAGAUUGCUUACACUACUUUCCCAUCCCUGUAAUAUAAAUUUUACUGAGCAUGGUGCUCAGUUAUCAAUCUGUACUAUGUGCAU